AACUCCUGAGCUCCCACAGUCCUCCCGCCUCAGCCUCCCAAAGUGCUGAGAUUUCAGGCCCGAGCCACUGCGCCCUACUAUGCCCAUUUUUCAGGUAAAGAAUCAGAGGGCCCUCGAGGAGAAGCCAUUUUCCCAACAUGAGAGCCCACGGGUUUGGGCUGCUUGGAAGCACAGCCUGGUGGGCUCAGGAUCUGUCCCAUCACGAGUUGGAACCUCGGCUCUGCCACGCUGCAACCCUGAGCCUCGGUUGCUGAAUCUGUCCGCACGCCUCUGGAAAGUUGGCGUCGAGAAGCCGCCUCUUCUCAUGCGCACCUAGGGAACCAGCGAGCGUCCGUCUCCAGACUGAGGGCCGGGAGAGACAUGCGCAGAUUGGGGCCCCCGCGCGCGGGGGCACCCGGCUGUCAGCUCCCCUCCUCGUCAGUCACUUGUCGGGAGCUUAAAGAAGCGGGUAUUCCCCUUCCCAGGCACGGGGGGGAGCCGCCCCGCGGGGAUUCCAGGGCCCGAGCUCCGGGAUCUGGACUCACAGGAGCUGCGGCAGAGCGAGCGCGCCGGGGAGCGUGGAGGCGGCCCUCCCGCCGGGGCCCAGCUGCCCAGAGUGGCUGGUACGGCCCAAGCCAUGGCGGCCGCCGGGUGGCCGCCGCUGCUGCUGCUGGCUCUGCUGGUGCUGUCCCCGUCACGCCCGGAAACCGGAGACAUCGUCCUGAAGGCGCCCACCCAGGUGCACGGCUUCUUGGGCGACUCCGUGACGCUGCCCUGCCAGCUGCAGCUGCCCAGCACGGAGGUGACGCACGUGUCACAGCUGACUUGGACGCGGCUCAGUGACUCCCGCAGCGUGGCCGUCUUCCACCGUACUCAGGGUCCCAACUACCCGGAGUCCGAACGGCUGGAAUUCGUGGCCGCCAGGCUAGGGGCGGAACUGUGGGAUGCCUCGCUGAGGGUGUUGGAGCUGCGCGCCGAGGAUGAAGGCAACUACACCUGCCUGUUCGUCAUGUUCCCGCAGGGCAGCAGGAGCGCGGUUACCUGGCUCCGAGUGUUCGCCAAGCCCCAGAACACAGCUGAGGCUCAGAACGUCCAGCUCACCGGAGAGCCUGUGCCCGUGGCCCGAUGCAUCUCCACAGGGGGUCGCCCGCCUGCCCGAAUCACCUGGUACUCAGACCUGGGCGGGAUGGCCAAUAUGAGCCAGGAGCCAGGGCUCCUGUCUGGCACAGUCACCGUCACCAGCCUCUGGAUUUUGGUGCCCUCAAGCCAGGUGGAUGGCAAGAAUGUGACCUGCAGAGUAGAGCAUGAGAGCUUCGAGAAGCCUCAGCUGCUGGCUGUGAACCUCACCGUGUACUAUCCCCCAGAGGUAUCCAUUUCUGGCUAUGAUGGCAACUGGUACCUUGGCCAGACUGAGGCCAGCCUGACCUGCGACGCUCACAGCAACCCAGAGCCCACAGGCUAUGAGUGGAGCACAACCAUGGGUCCUCUGCCACCCUCUGCUGUGGCCCAGGGCGCCCAGCUCCUCAUCCAUCCUGUGGACAAGUCAAUCAACACUACUUUCAUCUGCAACGUCACCAGUGCCCUAGGAGCUCGCCAGGCAGAACUGACUGUCCAGGUCAAAGAGGGACCUUCCAGUGAACCCCCAGGCAUGCCCAAGAACAACAUCCUCCUCCUGAUUCUGGGACCCCUGGUUGUUCUGGCCCUGCUGGGGUUUGGACUUUAUUUCUAUUGGUCCAGAUGUUCCCAGGCAGGGAUCUUGCUGUCUUGCAUAGGCUGGUCUCAAAUCCUUGACAAGCACACCCGCCAUCCCUGUGUGACAAACGUGUAUAGCGUUACGGGAAGUGGCACCCCAUGUAAUGGCAGAGGCAGAACUUGGCGUUUUCAGGGCCCUGACACCCGGGCAUAUCUUCUUCCCAGCUUCCCAGCCUUGUUCCUUCCUGAUGACUUCCCCUCCUAUUUCCCCAGGUCCAAUGGCUGCCAGCACCUCGGAUAAUAGGCCCGUCUCCUAUGCCCCUGUGGCCAACUCUUCCCAGGAUUCCCAGACAGAGGUCACAAGGUGACAGCAUCGGGCCUGAGCGGGGAGAGACUGGAGCUGGCAAGGACGUGGGCCUCCAGAGUUGGACCCCAUCCCCAC